GAAGUUCAAAAAUGUGACAGUCAAAGGAACACUUCUUACAGCUGUCAGUUUUUAACGAACUAUUUUUCGAUAGAGAUGUUUUUGUAAAAUUAUUUUCAGUUCCUAAUUAAUUUAGUUUGUAGAUUUUAUUUUUAUAUUUUUUAUCACAGUGUCUUUAUACUAAUUAAGGUUUUAGAUAUAAAUUAUGCCAGAGUGUAUUCCGUGCCCCGCGGCGGCACCAUACGCCCUAUCAGCGGGUGUCAAAUCCGGCUAUCAAGAUGGCAAGCCCAUGGACGGCAAGCAAGAGCGCCCCUGCCCGUGCCGUACGUGCUGUUGCGGCAAACCACCAUUGGUUAAACCGUGUUACAAGCAACCAAAGAUACCGGAAUCAUAUGCCCCGCGGCGUUGCUACAUGAAACCGUCAGCUCCCAUAGAAUCCUGCACCACAUACAAACUCUCCUACCUCCCUGUAGACGAUUGCAAGAACAUGCGUGGAGUACCGAGGAAACCGCCUGUAAACCUCGUGCCUAGCUGCGAACCUAUGGAGUCUUGUACUGUUCAGAAGUUAUCCUUCCAACCCAACCCGGUGUGUGUGACGCAGCCCAUAAGGCCGUGCCACCACGACAUGUGGGGUCAGGGCCCCAUGCAGAACCUCACCACGCAGCGACACGACUACGUGCCCAAGCCAUGCGUGUUGCGUGAAAACUUCAAACCACCUGCCAAGUUUCACGCCGUUGAUCAACCUUUUGAAAACCGCACCGUAAACAAGCUAUCGUAUUUACCCCCCGAGAGGAUAGAGAUGGUAAAGUCGUUCGCCCCCGAGCGCUGUUACGAACGACCUGCAGCUAAGAUGGAUGGCAGCACUACGCACAAAAUGAGUUACAUGCCUAAUCAGAUAUUGCCCAAGGAGCCUUUACCAUGGGCAUGUAAAGGACAAUAUCAGAAGCCAUGCCAGAAGUUAGAACAGAACACUACUUACACCAUGAGUUUCCUAGAUUCGAAGAGCGACUGUCGCCGUCGAGCGAUUCUCCCGUCAAGCUGCACCAAUCCCGUCACAUCGUCCAAGAGAUUCGAAACACAAACUAUUUACAAAAACAGCUUCUUACCGGCGACGGCGGCCAUCCCUGCGCCGGUGAAACCUUCGCCGAAUCUCGUCCCGUCCACUGCUCAGAUGGAAGGGGAUACAGUGCACAAGUUAUCGUUCCUACCGAACCCAGUGUGUGUGACGCAGCCCAUAAGGCCGUGCCACCACGACAUGUGGGGUCAGGGUCCCAUGCAGAACCUCACCACGCAGCGACACGACUACGUGCCCAAGCCCACUGCGAUACGAGAGUCCUUCAAGCCGCCACACAAGUUCCACGCUGUUGAACAACCUUUCGAAAAUCGUACUGUAAACCGCAUGUCAUACCUGGACCCUGGUCGCCAGAGUCUACCGAUGUCCUUCGCGCCAACCAGAUGUUACGAAAAGCCCGCAGCUAAAAUGGAAUGUGACACGAUCCACAAGAUGUCCUUCCAGCCGGUUUGUGUGCCAGCACCUCAGCGUCCACCCUGGGCCUGCAAGGGGCAGUACCAAAAACCCUGUCAAAAGUUGGAAGGCACGACAAUCUACCGCUCGUCCUUCUUGCCUCCUGGUGAAGAUUGUACCGAGUAUAUGGACCCUUGCUCGUACGGCGAUUGCAAACCUUGCGAUUGCAUCUGUCCGGCGACAUGCAUAGCGACGGACCCCUGUGCCUGCACGUUCCCCAAAGCCGAGUGCUGCGGUUAACCAGCCCUUCAUCGCGUUGGGAGUUCUAAAUUCAAGUGAUACAAUCCAAGAUGGCGCCUGACGUCUAGUUGCGGGUAGUUAGCCAUAGAGCUGACCGCAGAUUAUCCUUGAACCUCCGCAAGGUGUACCUACGUGUGAACGGUGUAUUUAAUUACGUUGCGUGCGAAAAUGCAAAAUGCUUCAAAUAAAAUAAUAAAUAUGUGUCGUCAGCAAAAUGGCGCAGCUUGUUUUUUUUUUGGGCUAAGAAGAUAAUCUCAUGACUUGUAUAUUUUAAAGACACGAAAAUUUUGAUAAUAAAGUAUUUCUUAAUAGUAAUUUACCUACCUACGUAAUUUUAUACUUAUUAUUAUUGUAUUAAUUGUUACCUAGUUUUACCUUGUAAAUCCGUUUUUUACAUUAUAAUUCUGUAUUUUUUUGACUUAACUACUUAUCUAAUAAAAUAUUUAUUUAUUUUA